AUGUCGCCGAAACGCUGCCGGGGGGGCAGGGGGGGGAGGAAGAGGAAGGAGACGGUGGCGGUGAGGAGGGGGGCGGGGGGCGCCGAGCACCCCAACAUCUGCGUGGAGUGCGGGCAGAGCUUCGCCCGCAGCGCCGCGCUGGCCCGGCACCGGAGUGACCACCGGAGUGACCAUCGGGGUGACCCACGGGGUGACCACAGGAGUGACCACCAGAGUGACCACCUGAGUGACAACUGGAGUGACCCACGGGGUGACAACCGCAGUGACCACCAGAGUGACCACAGGAGUGACCCACGGGGUGACCACCCGAGUGACCAUCGGAGUGACCCAAGGAGUGACCACCCGAGUGACAACCGGAGUGACCGCGGGAGUGACCACCGGGGUGACCACCGGAGUGACCACCCGAGUGACCAUCGGAGUGACCACCCGAGUGACCACAGCAGUGACCACUUGAGUGACCACCUGAGUGACCACCGGAGUGACCACCCGAGUGACCGCAGGAGUGACCAUCGGAGUGACCACAGCACUGACCACCGGAGUGACCCACGGGGUGACCAUCGGAGUGACCACAGGAGUGACCAUCGGAGUGACCACAGCACUGACCACCGGAGUGACCCACGGGGUGACCAUCGGAGUGACCACAGGAGUGACCCACGGGGUGACAACCGGAGUGACCACCGGAGUGACCCACGGGGUGACCACCCGAGUGACCACCGGAGUGACCACCGGGGUGACCACAGGAGUGACCCACGGGGUGACCACAGGAGUGACCACCCGAGUGACCCAAGGAGUGACCCACGGGGUGACCACCGGAGUGACCGCGGGAGUGACCACCCGAGUGACCACCGGAGUGACCGUCGGAGUGACCACAGCACUGACCAUGGCACCGUCCUGGCCCGGCACAGGAGUGACCACCUGAGUGACCACCGGAGUGACCUACGGGGUGACCACCGGAGUGACCACAGCACUGACCUCAGCACUGACCAUGGCACCGUCCUGGCCAGGCACAGGAGUGACCACCGGAGUGACCAUCGGAGUGACCACCCAAGUGACCUCAGCACUGACCGCGGCUCCGGACACCACGCUGACCACUGGAGUGACCUCAGCCCUGACCACAGCAGCGCUCAGCCCGGCCGCUCCGGACAGACGGACACCGGUCACGGUCAGCAGGACGGCUCAGGGCACGGGAGUGACCAGGGCAGAGGUCAGCGGGGCGGCCACGGACGGAGGAGUGACCACGGCUCCGGCCAGCCGGACAUUGAUGGGAAUGGCCAGAGGGUCGUCCGUGGCAGUGGUCAGCGGGCUCGUGGCCGUGGUCACCGAGGUGGCUCCGGCCAGCCGGACAUCGAUGGCGAUGACCAAAGAGCCACCCCCAGAGGCGGUCAGCAGCAGGGAGGCCCCGAUGACCACCCCGAUGACGGCCCCGAUGACCGCCCCGAUGACCACUCGGACUCCCACCCCCUCAGCAGUGACCCCUCCACUGACCACUGUCCCCUCACCUGCCCGGACUGCGGCCAAACCGCUCUGAGCUCCCACCUGCGGCGGCACCGCCGCGCCCACGCCGCGCUGACCGACACCUGCGGUCACUCUCCGGCCGCGCUGACCGACACCUGCUGUGGCCGUGGUCACUCUCCAGCUACACUGACCAACACCCGUGGUCACUCUCUGGGGACCCUGACCGACACCCGUGGUCACUCUCCGACCACGGUGACCGACACUGGCCGUGGCCACUCUCCAGCCACCCUGACCAACACCUGCCAUGGCCGUGGUCACUCUCCAGCUACACUGACCAACACUGGCCGUGGUCACUCUCCAGCCACCCUGACCAACACCUGCUGUGGCCGUGGUCACUCUCCAGCUACACUGACCGACACCCGUGGCCACUCUCCGGCCACCCUGACCAACACUGGCCGUGGUCACUCUCCGGGCACGUUGACCGACACCCGUGGUCACUCUCCGGCCGCGCCGGGCCCUGCCCGCCCCAAGCCGCCCAAGUCCCGUCCCCGUCGGCGCCGCUCUGGCCCCGCUGACCGCUCUGGCCCCGCUGACCGCUCUGGCCCCGCUGACCGCGCUGGCGCCGGGCCGGGCCGGCCGAGCCCUCUGGGCAUCCCCAACACGUGCGGGGAGUGCUGGCAGAGCUUCAGCCAGAGCUCGGACCUGGUGAAGCACCUGCGCAUCCACACGGGCGAGAAGCCGUACGCCUGCGGGCACUGCGGCAAGCGCUUCAACGUCAGCUCCAACCUGAUCCGGCACCGCCGCAUCCACACCGGCGAGCGCCCCUACGGCUGCGCCGACUGCGGCAAGAGCUUCACCGACAAGUCCACGCUGACGCAGCACCGGCGCACGCACACCGGGGAGCGGCCGUACGCCUGCGGGCUCUGCGGCAAGAGCUUCAGCCGCAGCUCGCACCACAAGCGCCACCAGCGCACCCAUACUGGGAGCACUGGGAGCACUGGGGCGCUGCCGCGGGGCUGGGGGUUCCCCAGCCAGGCUUGCUGAGGGGAGCAUUAAAGAGAUUUGGAAUAAUGGGGGUUUGUUCAGGGUGUUUUGGUGUCUUGGUCUCAGCCCAAAUCCCAGGCCCAGUCCUGGUCCCAGUCCCAAUCCCAGUCCCAGUCUUGAUCCCAGUCCCAGCCCAGUUCUGGUCCCAGUCCCAAUCUUGAUCCCAGGGCCAUCAUCUUGAAGUCAGUCCCAAUCCCAGUCCCAGUCCUGAUCCCAAUCCUGGUCCCAGUCCCAGUUCUGGUCCCAGUCCCAAUCUUGGUUCCAGUGCCACCAUCUUGAUCCCAGCCCAAAUCCCAGUUCUGAUCCCAAUCCUGGUCCCAGUCCAAAUCCCAGUCCCAAUCCUGGUCCCAGUCCCAAUGUUGGUCCCAGUUCCAAUCUUGAUCCCAGCCCAAAUCCCAGUUCUGAUCCCAAUCCUGGUCCCAGUCCCAAUAUUGGUCCCAGUCCCAAUCCCGGUCUCAAUCUUGGUCUCAGUCCCAGCCCAGUUCUGGUCCCAGUCCCAAUCUUGAUCCCAGUUCCAAUCUUGAUCCCAGCCCAAAUCCCCAUCCCAGCCCAAGUCCCAGUCCCAGUCCCAGCCCUGACCCAUACUGGGAGCACUGGGAGCGCUGGGGCGCUGCCGCGGGGCUGGGGGUUCCCCAGCCAGGCUUGCUGAGGGGAGCAUUAAAGAGAUUUGGAAUAAUG